AUGUCCACAACAUCGUCAAACGCAGUACAUUUGAUGAAUACUGUCUCCACGCAUGAGCAGGUGUCGGAGAAUUUGUACCACGAAAAUGCUAAGCAGUGCCGAAGCUGCCCACGACGAACAAGACCCGGGAACCGUCUGGGAAACCUGCUGGUUGGAUUGGCGCCCAUUCUUCUUCUGAUAGGGAACAUGAUGGGGAUUUGUGAAGGUGGCAGUUGUUUCAGACUGCGUCUACCAUCUGGCAUAUGUCACAGACUGAUUGGCAAAAAUGAUGUAUCUCGUGAGGAAUGCUGCGAUCUCGGGGGUUUCUUCGUGUCCGAGUGGAUUACUGAAGAGCAGUACGUACGUGAUAUGUUACUCGGCAGAGAGGGUAUUAUGGGAUGCGAAUAUGCCUGCUCCGACCGAACCUACGAAACCUGUCAAAACAUCACAUGCGACGCUGGGUACAAAUGCACUAUCCAGGGGCAUCGAGCAGUCUGUGAAUGUUCCACCGAAUGCACGGCUCUGGAAUACUUGGAUGGUCCAGUGUGCACAACGGACUUUAGAAGAUUUAGAAACCGCUGCGAUUUUAUUCGUGAACGAUGCAGAAAUCAGAAUCAAAUGCUUGAAGAGGCCGUCUGCCCGCCGGAUAAGAGCGUCUGUUGGCCAGCGAGACGUUACAAUGCCCCUGAUAGCAAAUUCGCCUACGCUGGAAUGAGCGACGUCGAACUGGGUCAACCAUCGGGAGGACAUUUAAAGGUCUGCUCGAGGUCUCAAGUCUGCCUCAUUCGGCUGUACAGUGGAGAGGCAGGCUGUGAAGAGCCAAACUGGCUGGGACCAACACAGACUACAUUUGGCCUUUCUGACCUCGAUUUUGGUAGCCCCACAGAAGACUUCUCCGAGUGCACCAACGACCAGUUCGGGGUGCCUCUCUGUGCCACCAAUAAUCAGACCUACAGGAACCAGUGCGAACUCAGAAAGGCCAGCAUACGACGUGGUAUGGAAAUCCGAAUAGCCUAUCUGGGAGCUUGCAAAGGUAAGUACGGUACUUCUACUAAUAGAAAUAAAUAUGCCGUAGUAGGCAAUGGUCAGGCGGUAACUUAA